AUGGAAGCGAAAGCGCCAUCAACAAAGAAAGGUUUACAGUCACUGCUGGGCAAGAUCAAUUUCCUAAGGAGAUUUAUCUCAAACCUUAAUGGGAAGACGCAAGCAUUUUUGCCUUUGCUUCGACUCGACAAGGAAGUGUUCGAAUGGGGGAAAGCUCGGCAAGUGGCGUUCGAUAAGAUCAAAGCGGACUUGAGCCACCCACCAAUUUUGACGCCACCUUGUAGAAAUAAAAGUAUGAGAUUAUACAUAUCUGCAUCUGAUAAAACCUUAGGGAGCAUGUUAGCACAAGAGGAUAAUAAUGGUGUCGAUGGAGCCAUUUAUUACCUCAGUCGGGUUUUAAACGAUGCAGAAAGUAGAUAUAGCAUGAUCAAAAAGUUUUGUUUAUGCUUAUAUUUCUUCUGUACAAAAUUGAAGCAUUAUAUCAAACUUGUUGACGUGUAUGUUUCAUCUCAUUACGAUAUUAUUGAACAUAUGUUAUCUAAACCAAUUUUGCAUAUUCGAAUUGGGAAAUGGGCAUUAGGAUUAACUGAAUUUUCCUUAACAUAUAUGCCAUUAAAAGUUGUGAAAGGCCAAGUGGUAGCAGACUUCAUAGUCGAUUACUCAAUUGACGCUGACGCUUUGAACUAUGUUCAAUUAGGGUCGUGGAAGUUGUACUUCGACGUAUCUAGCCAUAAAAAUGGAACAGGUGUCGGAGUCAUAGAUAUAUCUCCAAAUAAAAUUCCAAUGACAUUCCAAUAUAAAGUAGAAGGCAUUUGUUCGAAUAACGAAGCUGAAUACAAAUCCCUCAUAGCAGGACUUGAAAUGUUGUUGGAAUUGGGGGCAACUAAGGUCGAGAUAAUGGAAGACUUAGAGUUAGUCAUAAAACAGAUCACGAAAGAAUAUAGAUAUGUUAAGGAGAAUCUGAUCAUGUAUUUUAUUAUCUCCAGUCGAUUGUUAAAAAGGUUCAAAAUGGUUUAUAUUCGACAUAUACCACAAAUAGAGAACAUGAUAGCUAAUGACCUGGCUCAAAUUGCAUCCGGGUACAAAAUUUUGAAGGAAAAGUUGCACAAAGUCAUAGAACUCAGAGGAAAGGUGGUGGCAACCAGAUUAACUCCCUUUGAUUUAGAAAAGACAAGAUUAGGAUGUGUUGAUGAAGGAAAUUUUGAAAUAUUGGCGAUAGACAGUUUGGCGGAUGAAGACUGGGGAAAGCCAAUAGUAGUAUACCUACAGAAUCCCACAGCCUCUACUGAUCGAAGAACUAGGUAUCGAGCAUUGAGUUACGUUCUUUUGGGUUCAGAGUUGUUUAAGAAAUCUCUAGAAGGAAUUCUGCUGAAAUGCCUUAGUGAGUCAGAGGCAUACUUGUCCCUUUCAACUAUACAUAGUGUAACAUGUGGGGUACACCAAGUCGGUCAUAAGAUGAAAUGGCUUUUAUUUCGGCAAGGAGUGUAUUGGCCUACUAUGUUGAAAGACUAUGUUGAAUUCGCAAAAGGAUGUCAAGAGUGUCAGGUGCAUGCAGGCAUACAAAAUGUCCCUGCAAGUGAAUUACAUUCUAUCAUCAAACCAUGGCCAUUUAGAGGUUGGGCUUUGGACUUGAUUGGAGAAAUUCGACCUCCCUCAUCGAAAAGCAAAGAUACAUAUUGGUAG